AAAAGUGGUUGCCAUCUUGCCAUCUCUUCAAGACCCAAAAAGCUGCAACAACGUCGAGAGCUAAGUCUGUCAAAGAAGAAGAAGCAAGAUGAGCAGUCAACAGGGCACCGAUAGUGCCGCCGAUGGAGGAGUUGCCACUGGCAGUAGCUCAUCAAACGAAGGUCCCAUCAGUUUCAACGAAGCAUCUGAGAGAUUGGCAGAGAUUUUCAAUGACUUCUUUACCGACCAUGUCGGCCAAGACCCUCCUCAGUAUCCCCGGGAAGAAGUAUUGAAAUUGCUCCGGAACCACAAUGCGUUGCUCUAUGAUCGGUUUGAAAAUGUUGACUCGGAGCAUCAACGGCUGACAAUUUCCUACCUUAUGGAGGGACAGAGUGAUUUGCAGACGAUUCAAGAAAUCCUUCAGUGGACCGAAUCUCUGGGUGAUCCCGUUCACGAAGAAAUUGCUUUUGAGGCACUCUGUGAUGCCUGCCGGUUUGGUUGCCAACCUGGGGUAAUGGAGUUCUUGGUAAAUGCCAGUAUUUCCUAUGGACUCGACAUGGUGGGACGUCUCUUACAGACCCCUGCGCAAAUUGUCUUGCAUGAUGAUUUGUCUGUUGCUCGGACAGAUGAUGAAAAGAUACACAUCCUCCAGUUGUUGGUGGAUGCCGAUGAAACUGCCGUCUUGGGCACCUAUGGCGAUUGGCAUGAUCUGAUAAAACAGGCUUUACGGGGUGACUUUGGCACGCCUAUUAUGCAGUUCCUCGUUCACGCUUAUGCGAAUUCUCAAGACAAGGACGGAGCGAUGUUGUGUAUCGAUGAUGAUUCGAUGACAAUAGGGCUCCCACAAGCGGAAGCAUUGGCAGUGCUUCUACGCAAAAUCUAUUCAUUCACCUGUGAGCCAGGAGGCUGGGAUAGACAGGGGUUUGCUCGCUUGAUGGAUGCCCUUGGUUCCAAUGAAAGCAUUGGCAUUCUUUUCAUUGAACUGCCCUUGCCCUUUUUCAGGGAUGCAAACAAUAGGGUAGGAGGAUCUCUGCGACAAGCAAUCGCUGGGAACAACACAAUUUACAGUGCCACAUUUCGAGGUAGCAGAGAAGAGUUUGGCGAUGAUUGUCUUCGUGCAGUUCUGGCGGGACUAACCGGCAAUUCCAGCAUGAAAGACACGACAAUUUGUCGAUUUUCUCUCAGUGUGUCCCAGCCCCUGACUGAAUUCAUGGCACACUGCAGAGUCCCCAUGCUGAGGCUAGAGCACAUUUCCUUCCAAGAGGAUGCAAAUCAUGACUUUGCCUUUUUCGAUGACUGCUACAUUCAAAAGCUCCAUCUGACAAAUGACUUGGGCGACGAGUGGUGUAACCAACUUAUAUGCAGGCUAGACAGCAUCCCCAGCCUAUGGCACUUAUGUCUGAUACAUGAGGGUGGCGACCCCUCUGAUGUUACUCUGCCGCUGAUGACAUCCAUUGGUAGAAAAGGUUACCAAGGGAAGCUUCUCAAGUUGGUCCUCUGCAACACGGUGAUUGAUCUUGAUGCAUUUUCGGUGAUUCUCAGAAACAAUAAUCAACUAGAAGAUCUGAACAUUCAUGCCUGCAACACGAGCAACUAUUGCGCUCUUCUAGGCUGUGUGGCUGAACACCUAGAACAUCACAGUACCAAAUUGACUUGCGUGUACACAAGCUAUUCUGGCUGGAAUGCAGAUGAUGUUGAAAUCCCAAAGGAGCUGAACAAGGUCGACUUCUUUCUGGCACUAAAUAGAUAUGGGAGGCGGAAGAAAGCCAUGACGGAUGGAACAACCUUGCCAGAAUUUGUGGGAUUGCUGUGUGAUAUCAUUACCCGCCCUCGUGUCGAACGUGGGGGUGGUGAUUGCCAUCAUAACUUGCAAUUUGGAUUGCUACGAAUUACUCCUCACUUGUGGAGUAGUUCAGCUGACACCUAGAAUCCUCUCUGCAGUUAUGGUCGGGCUGGAUCAAACAAAACAAAUCAAAACAAAGUACAACUAACCUUGCACAAAUUCUGUCCCUACUAUGACACCCAAAUAUUUUUAAGAAUCUGCUUUCAAAUUACUAAGUGGGCUGCCAGCUUCAGAAAACUAUGAGCUUUGAAUGACUAGACUAGUACCAGUAGU